UUGUUUGAUACAUCAAAAUAAACAUCAAUGUUUUGCUUUCAAUCUCUUUAUUGUUAAAUAGUUUAAUGUUAAAGUUAAUUAUUAUUUUAGUUAAUACUUUAUUACUUAUGUUUUUUUAAAGUACUUAUCAUGGAAUAUUUAUCGAAUCGUUUGAAUAUCUCAAUAUUAAAAGAGGUUGCUCGCAAUGAACUAAGGACGUAUUUGCAGCAAUUCAAGGGAACUAAAGCCAUUAUUUGGGAUGACAAAUUACUUUCUAGUAUAGAGCUUGUCGCUGAUUUUACUUUCCUAAAGCAAUGCGGUGUAACCAAGAUGCGGCAUCUAAGAUCUGAAAAGCUACCCCAAAUCGAAGCUGAUUACUUGAUCUAUUUCCUUCGUUCUAAAGCAUCUUUAAUGAAAAUUGUUGCUGAUAAUUUACAGGGUGAAACUCGUGAAACGUUUAACAAAGAGAUUCAUAUACUUUUAAUGCCUUACAAGAGUUGGCUUUGCGAAAAGAAACUCCAGGAUUAUGGAAUUUUACCAUUGAUAACUAGUAUUAAUGAAUAUCCAAUAGAAAUACUUCCACUGGACACUGAUGUCAUUUCUAUGCAGCUGGUUGAUUGUUGUAAGGAGCUUCUGAUUGAAAAGGACCACUCUUGUUUAUUACAUGUUGCCCGUGCUAUUAUGACAAUUCAAUCAUUGUUCGGUAUCAUUGGAAAUGUGUAUGGACAAGGUCCUUGGUCUCAAAGAGUCUUUGAUUUGAUGACCAAGUUGAGUAAAGAAAUGUCGCUUAAAGAGUCUCAAGUGGUUCCACAGAUUCACAGUCUCCUAUUAAUUGAUAGAUCUGUUGAUUUUGUUACACCUUUAAUGAGCCAAAUGACCUUCGAAGGGCUGCUUGACGAAAUAUUUGGUAUAAACAAUGGAAUUAUCAAAAUUCCAUCUGAUAAACUCAAUAAAACCAAUGAAAGUGGAUCUAUUCGAACCAAUACCGCUGAUGGUGUUGACCCUCCUACUGAGGUUAAAUUAUUCCGUUUAAACUCGACUGAUCUUAUUUACAGCAAAAUAAGAGAUAAAACUUUUUACGAUGUAGGACCAAUCAUUAGAGACAAUACGAAAAAGUUGUCCGUCUUAAUCGAUGAGAGGCAUGAGGCAAAAAGUGUCCCAGAGAUGCAGUUGUUCAUGAAAAAACUUCCUUCCCUUCAAGCUGUUAAAAACAGUUUAAUAAAUCAAACAUCUAUUGCUGAAAUUGUCAAAACUGUGGUGGAUACUGAAGAGUUUAAUCAAACUGUUGAAGCGGAACAAUUGUUUGUUAAUGGUGUUGAUACCGAUAAGGUAAAUACUUAUAUCGAGGAUUGUAUUGCAAGGCAAGAACCUUUAACUAAGAUACUUCGAUUGAUCUCUCUCCAAUCUCUAACCAAUAAUGGCCUUAAAAACAAAAAUUUCGAGUAUUAUGUUCGUGAAAUUCUUCAAACAUAUCGGUACAAACAUUUGGUUACUUUAAACAAUUUAGAAAAAGCUGGACUUAUAAAACAAAAGACCAGCUAUCUCGUCAAAAGCUACAACAUAUUAAGGAAAACAUUCCGACUUACCAAAGAGAAAAGUUCUGGUCCUGAUUCUGAUAUAACCUACGUUUAUAGUGGAUACGCUCCACUUUCUGUUCGACUUGUUGAAUUCAUGAUCUAUCCUGGAUGGAGGGCAAUUCCUGAAGCCUUAAAAUUGCUCCCAGAGCCAACAAUUGAAACUAAACAAAUCAUUCCAACUGGACUUCGAAAGGGAAACACCAGUGAUUCACCCGUUUCGGUUCCAACUCCAUCCGCAGAACCAAAAGUGGUGCUUGUUUUUUUCAUCGGUGGUGUUACUUUUGCCGAAAUAUCUGCACUUCGUUUGCUAUCACAAAGAGCUGACUUAAACGUUGAAUUUUUAAUCGCCACAACACACAUCAUCAAUGGAAAAACAUUCAUAGAUUCGCUUGGAGAAAAUUUCGAUAAAAAGCCAUCCUGUGUAUGAGAUCAAUAUUUUGUUAAUUGGUUUAAUUCUGUUGAAUAUUUUUUUAUAAUCGAUUAAAAUUUAAUCAUUUUUUAAGCGUUGAAGAUGAUUGUCAGUCCUAAGAAAACCUCUGCACUUUUCAAUUUUAGUUAUUGCUUUACUCAAGCUAACAAUUAUUGAUGAUUAAGUACAAAAAAAUUCACAAGACAUUUGUUACAUCCUUAACAAAAUUGACGUAAAAAUGUUAUAUCCAUUAAACGAUUAGAUUCAUGCAAGAAUGAAUUUUAUGAUUCAA